CCUGACCUGGACUAUAGAAUGGAACAGUGCACAACCUCAAGAACAGAUCUUAGGCAGUGAGCAUGUGAGAUUUCAAGGCAAAGAGCAAUGAAAACUGACAACAAAACUGGGAUCAUGAUGGAAAACUCUUGAGAAACUGGCCUGUCUGCAGUUCGGAAUGAAACAGUGAGUUUGACUUUUUCUUUUGUUUUCCCUUGUUCAUCUGAUUUUAAGUAAAAAAAAUACAGCCAAAGACAGAGGCAGGAUGGGCUGCACACCUUCUCACAGUGAGAUUGCUAAUACUAUUGCAAGAAGUGGUCUUAGGGCUUUGACUACACCCAAAAGUAUUUUGCAUAUUGAUCCUAGAGAUAAAGGAAUCUCUCUGCUGGUUAAAGGUUCAUCUUGCUACAAUAUUGACGAAUUCCCCCACUGUGAGACCCAGGGGAAAGAUUACCUAAAGGAAAAGGAGGCUAAACUACCAGAACAGGACAAAAAUGAUGAUUUGCAGUUAUCUUCUGAGGCUCAUCCAGAUCCCCAGAUUUCUGAGGAAGACAAGAAAAUUCAGAGGACAUCCACAGAUGCUGAGACUGUGAUGUCUGCGCUGAUUGAAUCUCAAAAGCACAUCACUGAGGCCAUACAGAUCAGAAAGCAAAGCUCCUGUGAAUCAGAAGCAUCAGCUUUCAUUUGGGAUGACAAGAAUGAAAGCAAUGUGAAGCAAAUCCCAAAGAAAGGAAAGAAGCAAAAAAAUCAUAAACUGGCAAAGCAAGGUCGACCUAGUAAAGUUAAAGAGAAGUCCUUUUCAGCCCUGUGUGAGACAGAGAAAAAGGUAGAUUUCCCUGAACUGCUUGUUAAGGCUCACCAGAGUGCAUAUGCCUACUUAAAUCCCAACCUCUCCAAGUAUGAAACUAUACUUCACAUGGCCAGCCAGGCUACCCAGACUCAGCUCUUCCUACAGCAGAUGGUAAGCUUUCUCCUUCUUCACUACGAUGAAAUCAACCAGCUCCUGGAAGAAAUCACCAAUGAUGGGGAAAAUCUUCUCAGAGAUGUAGGUGGGAAUUUGGCCUGGCCAGCAGAAAAAGGUGAUCUGAAGGAGCACCCUGAUCUUCUGCAACAACUACUGCAGUACACAGUCAAUAAAAUGCAGUUACUGAGUGGGACACUGGCCUCCCUCACCUCCGAUGCCCUACAGGAGACGUGCAACUACUUGCAGUCUGCUGCAAACAAUUUAGAAGGAAAACUGAAAGCAAAGCAAAGCUUUGAUGAGCGACUGCUGCGGACAGUAAGGCUGCUUGAAGCCUCAACAGUGGGAUCUUCUCAGUCCCACGGUGAUGACAGGACUCUCUAUUCUGAGGACAGUGGCAUUGGUGUGGACAGUGAAUCUCUCAAAGAGUUCAGUGCUCUCAGCCAGCAUGGAGGACAAGGAAGCUGUGAUCCCUAUACACACGGGAAUCUGUCCCAAAAACACACCAGAACAGUGGAGCACACACAUAAUAGUACAGUGUCACCAGGCACAGCCACAUCCCGCGGCUGUGUACUUGAAAGGCAUUUUAAAGAUACAGUUUAUUCAUCCACGCAGAGUAAGGAAGCAACAUCUUGUCAGGGUGGAGUACCAGGAGGCAUUUCUACCAUGCCCCAAUGUGCAAACUUGAGCAAAAGCCAUUCCUACAACUCCUUCCAGUCUGACUCGACUCAGGACGGUGAUAAUUUCAAAAUCUGCGACUCAACAGAUUUUCCUUCUGAAGAUGAGGAUGAAGAGAGCACCCUGGGGGAGGAUGACAACACAAGUUUAUCAGAAAUGGGGAAGGAUGCUUUGCCAAGGAGGCCCCUGUCUUCACCUGCAGUCACUGAUAACACACAAAGGCAAUCCAUCAAAAGGACAGAGAAUGUGGAGACAGAGGAGAUUAUUCUGAAGAUGAAAGAUGCCAUCAGUGAAAAAAUCAAGUUUGUCCCAGCUAAAUCUGGGUGUAAAGAAUGGAUAGAGGAUGACAGUGGAAGAGCAGUCCGAACAACAAGGCCCAGUACAGCAACGGGCAGCCAAAAAACCGUCAGGAAACAACGACGUUCCAGGUCAGAAGAAUCCCUCAGAAGCCAGGCAGAGGACCCAACCCUCUUAGAGCUUCAGAGAACUCAGAAAGAGCUCAGCAAAAGGCUGGAAAUGUUUUAUGGAAAGGAUACAGAUAACAACCCAGAGCCCUGGAAAUCAAGAACAGCACUUUGUUUGCAGGAGGAGCAAAACACACCUAGGUCCUCUAGCAAACUGAAGGCGUGCCUCUCAAAAAACUUCAGCAUCCUGCCUAACCAGGAUAAAGUCCCUUUGUUCAUGGUUGACCAAAAUCCUGGCCAUCAGCUGGAUGAAGAAAAAGGCAGGAAGCCUUUGAGAGCUGCUGUGCCUACCCAAGAGGUAUCAGGAGGCAAUGAAAAGGAGCCUCCUGGAGCACAAAUGCUCAGUGGCAGCAGCUGUGCCCCCCGCCAGUCUGUCAAAAAGCUUAUUGAAACAUUCAGUCCUGUUGACACUCUUGUGAAAGAUGCACAUUUAAGAUCUUUAGGACCAAUAAAGUGCAUCAGAAAAUUUGGACUUCCAGUCAUCCCACCCACCCUUCCCUUUCAGAGAGGCCUGGCACCUUUAAAUCUUAAGCAUCGUAUUUCACCAGUAGAAGACACAGACCCUUCAAACACUAGUGGAGUUUCUUCUAGCUUUCCAAAUGCCUUUCCUCCUGCACCAGCUGCAGAAUUAAGCAAGAAGGACACAAAGGAAGAGACUGAUGUAGACACUGAGAACUUGCCACCACCACCACCGGAAAUGUUAAUGGACACUUAUUCUGACUUAUCUGAGCCUGAAGAAACUGCAAGAAUAGAAGGAAACUUUUCAGAAGAUGCCAAAAAGCUCACCAAAACAGAAUUUCAUGCUACUAAGAGAUCACAAGUUUCCCCAAAAAUGAAAGCCUCCCUUCAGUCCAUUGACUUACUGCCAAAUAAAAGCCUCAGUGGCCCCAGUGUGACUUCUAAUAAGGGUCCAAGGAAUACCAGAGCAGGGGACGAGAAAGUGCAGAAGUACUCCCUGGAGCUGAACCCUACCAACAUGCACAUCCCUAGCCAGGAGGAGAUACUGGCAACCCAGAGAAAAGAAGCUGCAGAUCUGUACAGGCAAACCCAUAAAAUUAUUCCUCUUCAAAAUCCCAGUGGGGUUUCAAAGCCACACAGAAACAGCCCCGAGAGCAAAGAGCCCAAUUCACCUGCAACUUCAGUGCAAUACCAGAAGCACGGUUCUCCAGACUCACUCAGGAGAAACGAAAAAGGCUCAGCGUUUGCCAGGAGGGUCUCCCCAACAAGAACUCCCUCUCCACCAACUGAGAAACGGGUGUUCAGCCCCCCGGCACACCACAGGCACAGUCUGCAACCUUCUAGCAACCCACAGCUGAGCUCACCCCCCAUGCAGAGGAAACCCAGUCCCCCCUCUAGCCCCAGGGUGCCCAGCCCACCCCUACAGAAGAAGCUACCCUCUCCACCACCCCAGAGAAAACCCCUCAGCCCUCCCGUUGGGCACAAGCAGAGCUCCCCAACGCCGCACCGGCCGCUGGGCUCCCCAGCCUACCGCCGAGAUGUGAGCCCUCCUUCAUUCCACACCACUCCUUCCCCACCAACCUCUCCAUCCCGCCCCUACAAGGGACUGAGAGCUGGGCUGGAUGCUGGGGAUGAGCACCAGCUCUCCUCCUCCAAGAGGAGCAGCAAUGUCCGUUCAAUAUUUUGCCCAGCCACAUCUUCCUUAUUCGAAGCCAGACCUCCACCAGUACCCAUGAAACCCGCUGCAGAGGUGACCAGCCAGCCUGAAGCUUUGCCACUUUCCCAAAAGAGCAAUCUGCUUUUCCACCAGCCUGCAGACCGGGCCAGAAAGCUGUCCCUGAGCGCUGCCAAUCCUCAGCCAUUCGUAAGGAGAAGUUACUCUGACCGUCGACCAGGGGUGCAGUUUCGUCUUCCAGCUCCUGUAACAGCUAGCAGUGAACCCGCACUUAACCAAGCAAGCUUGGAGGAGAGCCCUAGGAAAGCAAGUGACUCUUGGAACAGCCUCUGCAGUCCUGAAAUCAGAGAGUCCAACAGAUCUGCUUCUCACCCCGAGCUGUUCAUCGUGGGCCAGGGGCUGCAGAGGGACUGACAGCAGAAGCACCCAUGAAGGCAGAGACAUGAGCAAGGCCAGAGCCCCCACAGGGAAGAAACAGCCUUACGCAAGCCGCCAAAAUGUGGCUUUUUUCCUCUCAAGCUAAAAAUGUAAUGGCAUUGGAGCUAAAAACCCAAACUGGCUGAAGAAAUCUAAUGAAAUACCAGAGGGCCAGCUGCUUCUCCUUUGAUUGCAUUUCAUGGUUUAACUCAAAGAUCUGCACUGAGCCAAAGAAACACUUUGCAGCUGGGUGAGUCAGAGGCAAAUUGGUUUGAUAAAGACAGCACCUGUAGCCAAGUCCUUUGUUUCACUGUUUAGGUAAAGUAGUUCAAGAAUUAUCAGAAAUAAUCAUUAUUUGCCAUGCUACCUAUUCAGGAGGCAUCACAAUUUU